AUGGCGCCCCCUACCUAUCUGGGCCUGACAGGGAAGAAGCUGUCCCUGACGGUCUCGACCAUUGCGACUAUGGGUUUCUUGCUGUUCGGUUAUGAUCAAGGUGUCAUGUCGGGUAUUAUUUCGGACCCGGCCUUUAACGCCAUGUUCACAGCCACCAAGAAUGAUGAUGUGAUGCAGGCGACCGUUACAGCUGUGUAUGAAGUUGGAUGUCUCUUUGGCGCCAUCUGGGCCCUCCUCUUUGGUGACUGGAUGGGUCGUCGCUGGAUGGUUAUCUGGGGUGCCAUUGUCAUGAUUGUCGGUGUCAUCAUCCAGGUCACGGCCAUUACCGAUCAGAUUCCUCUGCUGCAGUUCAUCUUCGGUCGUGUCAUCACUGGUAUCGGUAACGGCAUGAACACUUCCACCAUCCCCACCUACCAGGCUGAAUGCUCGCACGCCAAGAACCGUGGUCUGCUUAUCUGUAUCGAGGGUGGUGUUAUCGCCAUUGGUACUAUGAUUGCCUACUGGAUUGAUUACGGUGCCCACUUUGGUCCUCAGGACUUGGUCUGGCGUUUCCCUAUCGCUUUCCAGAUUGUCUUUGGUGUUGUCAUCAUUGUCGGCAUGUACUACCUGCCUGAGUCGCCUCGCUGGCUCGUUGCCCACGACCAGGUUGCCGAGGGUGAGAGGGUUAUUGCUGCCCUCCAGGGUGUUGAGAUCGAUGACCGCCAGGCUCAGGCUGAGAAGAACAUUGUCAUUGACUCUGUCAGAAUCUCCGGCGCUCAACAAUCCUCUUUCUCUGAUCUCUUCACUGGUGGUCCCUCGCAGCACUUCCGUCGCAUGAUUGUCGGUUCCUCGUCGCAGUUCUUCCAGCAGAUCUCCGGCUGCAACGCUGUCAUUUACUAUCUGCCCGUCCUGCUCGAGAACUCCAUUGGACAAUCGCACAACUUUGCCCUCUUGAUCGGUGGUAUCAACAUGAUCUGUUACGCCAUCUUCGCCACCUUCUCAUGGUUCUUCGUCGAGAAGAUCGGUCGUCGCAACCUCUUCCUGGGCGGCUCCUUCGGCCAAUGCGCCGCCAUGAUCAUCGUCUUCGGCUGCCUGAUCCCCGGUGAUUCCGAAACCGCCAAGGGCGCCGUCUUCGGUUUCUUCAUGUACAUGUGUGUCUUCGGCGCCACCUGGCUGCCCCUGCCCUGGUUGUACCCCGCCGAGCUGUCGCCCAUCAAGACCCGUGCGAAGGCCAACGCCGUCUCCACCUGCUCUAACUGGCUCUUCAACUUCACCGUUGUCAUGAUCACCCCCGUCAUGGUCGCCCGCAUCAAGUGGGGUACCUACCUCUUCUUCGCCGCCUGGAACGGCCUCUUCAUCCCCGUCGUGUGGUUCUUCUACCCUGAAACUGCCGGUCGCACUCUUGAGGAAAUCGACCUCAUCUUCGCCAAGGGCUACCUUGAAAACAUGUCCUACGUCCGCGCCGCUCGCGAACUUCCUAAGCUCUCCCAGGAGGAGAUUGAAGAGAAGGCCGCCGAGUACGGCAUCAUGGACCGUGAGGAGAAGGUUGAGGAGCGCAUUGCCGAGAAUGACCCGCCUGCCUCGCAGGAGUUGGGUUCUUUCCAGCCCAGCCAGCUGUAG